CUUUCCCUCUAUUAUUCUUGAUGCCACAUAUUCUUCACAGCAACUUCUUGACCCCCAAUUUCCUAUACAAAACUGCACAAUAUUCAUAUAUAUAUAUAUACAUAUAUAGAUUCAAAGCAAACCAUAUUCAUCAUCAUCACCAUCAUCUUCACCCCAUUCUCCUUGGCUUCUUCACCACCAAUUCCGCAUCAUUCUUGCAAAAAUUGCAGAAAUUCUACUCAACAAACACCCUGUUCUUCUUCAUCUGUCUUGCUUAAAGUUUGCAUCUUGGAACUUUAUCAUCUUCAAGAUUCUUAAUCCAAAAGCACUUGAAUUGGGUUGCAUCAAACUUGAUUGGUUAUUCAUCACUUCACAGUUUGCUUUGGCAAACCCUAAUUUCACUUGCAAUUCUUCAACUUUUUGUUGUGGGAUUGAAUUCUGUAUGAUUCUUGUUUGGUCAACUUUGGUGGCUGUUGUCAAGAGUUGAAGUUUGACUUUUUUUAUUUUCUUGAUCAAGGAUACAGGAAGCUGAGUUUAUGUUUCAAUCUGUCAUGGUUGAAAGAGGAGAUAUUGUGUAUUAUUUGUGAUUAAUAUUAAUAAUAAUAAUAUUAUUGGGAAAAUGGGUAAAAAGAAUAUAUUCCAUCAUAGGAAGAAUUCAUGGCCUGCUGAAGAAUUUGUAAAUAGAACUACUCUUCAACUGCUUGAUUUCGACAGCGGUGCGCCGCCAGAACAGGCGUGGAGAAGAAAAUUAAACAGCCAUGCUGGUAUCCUUAAAGAGUUUAGUGUUACCUUCAUGGAAGCAUUAAAAAUGAUUGGCCUUGGUAUACGAUUAUGGUCAUAUGUAAGGGAAGAGGCUUCUCAUGGAAGGCGAGCACCUAUUGAUCCUUUUAAUAAAGAAGGAAAACCAGCGGCCACACAAGGGGUCCCGCUUGGUGGGAUGGGAAGCGGCAGUAUAACCCGAGGGUUUCGUGGAGAAUUUCGGCAAUUCCAAAUAAUUCCCGGUGCAUGUGAGCCUUCUCCUAUGAUGGCAAAUCAAUUCUCCAUUUUUAUAUCGCGGGAUGGUGGGAGUAAAAAAUAUGCAUCGGUUUUAUCACCGGGUCAACACGAUGGGACAGGAGGGGAUCAAGGUUUAUCAUCAUGGGGGUGGAAUUUAAGUGGUCAUAAUUCAACGUAUCAUGCGUUAUUUCCACGAGCAUGGACAGUUUACGAUGGUGAACCCGACCCUGAACUUAAAGUGUCGUGUCGCCAAAUUUCACCGUUUUUGCCGCAUAAUUACCGUGAUAGUAGUCUUCCAACCACUGUUUUUGUUUACACGUUGGUGAAUACCGGAAAGGAAAGGGCACAAGUCAGUCUUCUUUUCACAUGGGCGAAUUCGAUUGGUGGAGCGUCACACUUUUCAGGAGAUCAUGUCAAUGAGCCUUUCAUAGGAGAAGACGGAGUUUCGGGUGUGCUUCUACACCACAAGACAGCUAAAGAACACCCUCCUGUUACUUUUGCCAUAGCUGCCUGUGAAACGCAAAAUGUAAACGUGACGGUUUUACCAAGUUUUGGAUUAUCAGAUGAAAGUUGUGUUACUGCGAAAGAUAUGUGGGGUAAAAUGGCACAGGACGGACAUUUUGAUCGGGAGAACUUCUACAACGGAGCAACAUUUCCGUCAUCAGCAGGGGAGGCUAAUUGUGCUGCUGUGUCGGCUUCCACGUGGGUUGAACCAAACGGGAAGUGCACGGUUGCAUUCGCUGUUGCAUGGUCAUCCCCAAAAGUCAAAUUCAUGAAGGGAAAAUCAUAUCACAGGAGGUAUACCAAAUAUUAUGGGACCUCAGAGAGGGCAGCCGGGGAUUUGGUUCAUGAUGCUUUAACGAAUUAUAAGAGGUGGGAAGAAGAUAUCCAAAAAUGGCAAAAUCCAAUCUUAAAAAACGACAGCUUACCAGAAUGGUACAAAUUUACAUUAUUCAACGAGCUCUACUUUUUGGUCGCUGGCGGCACAGUUUGGAUCGACACUCCACUACCAGCAGACGACUCAUCUGGUAGUGAUCGGCAUUUACCGAGGAUAAAACACAAGAAUGAUUCAGCAUACGAAAAUGGAACUUCUCUUACAAAUUCAAGUGAAGAUGAUGAAACCGAGGUGGUUAGAAAAGAUGAAAACCCGGUUUCAACCAGUCGUAAUUCAACAUCACACGACGAUGAGGAAGACGUGGGUCGGUUUCUUUAUCUAGAGGGUGUGGAGUAUAUCAUGUGGUGUACUUAUGACGUUCAUUUCUACGCGUCAUUUGCGCUUCUAGAACUGUUCCCGAAAAUCGAACUCAGUAUCCAACGGGAAUUUGCAAAAGCGGUUUUGAGUGAAGAUACAAGAAAAGUCAAGUUUCUUGCUGAAGGAAACUCGGGAAUCGGUAAGGUUAAAGGUGCGGUUCCUCAUGAUCUCGGAACACAUGAUCCAUGGCAUGAAAUGAAUGCGUAUAACAUACACGAUACGAGCAAAUGGAAAGAUUUAAACCCUAAAUUUGUUCUUCAAGUAUAUCGAGAUUUCGCUGCAACGGGAAAUUUAGCGUUUGGAACGGAUGUCUGGCCUGCGGUUUGUGCUGCCAUGGACUAUAUGGACCAGUUUGACCGAGACGGAGACUGUUUAAUUGAAAACGAUGGGUUCCCGGAUCAAACGUACGACACGUGGACGGUUCACGGGAUUAGUGCUUAUUGUGGUUGUUUAUGGCUCGCUGCACUUCAAGCAGCAGCAGCCAUGGCGGUCGAGCUGAACGAUAAGUUCGCUGCUCAAAAAUACAAAAAGAAAUUCUUGAAAGCUAAAUCCUCAUUUGAAUCGAAAUUGUGGAACGGGUCGUAUUUUAAUUAUGAUAGCGGGUCGAGUAGUAACAGUAAAUCGAUCCAAGCUGAUCAAUUAGCGGGUCAGUGGUAUACGGCAUCUGCGGGACUACCGAAUCUUUUUGGUGAUGAUAAGAUUCAAAGUAGCUUACAGAAGAUAUUCGAUUUCAAUGUCAUGAAAGUAAGAGGAGGUCGUAUGGGAGCUGUAAACGGUAUGCAUCCUAACGGGAAAGUGGAUGAAACGUGUAUGCAAUCUCGUGAAGUGUGGACGGGUGUCACGUAUGGAGUUGCAGCCACCAUGAUUCAUGCUGGGAUGGAAGACAACGCUUUCACGACAGCUGAAGGGAUAUUCAUUGCCGGAUGGUCAGAAGAAGGGUUUGGAUACGCGUUUCAGACACCGGAGGGAUGGACAAUGGAUGGUAGCUAUAGAUCAUUAGUGUACAUGAGGCCACUAGCAAUUUGGGGGAUGCAACAAGCUUUGGAAAAACCCAAGGCGGUACUUGGAGCACCAGGUGUGAACAUAAUGGAUAGAAUCAACACACCGCUUAGUUCACGAACAUCUUUUAACGAUAGGCGUGUUAAAAAGAUUGCUCACAAGGCCAAGUGCUUUAGCGACUCUGUAUUUCGUUGUGUUUGUUAAGAUUCUUUGAUUCAUGUUUGUUAACGAUGAAUCGAACAUUUUACUUAUGUUUCAAAAUUCAUGAGACAGUAAUAUAAAGGUUGAUGAGUGAUGAUA